GUGAAGAGAACGCCUUGCUGAGACCUAAUGGAAUCUCCUGCUCGUCUUAGAACGCUGCGCUGGCGGCAGCACCUCGGCAUGGCCCGGUGUGUGAGUCUGCUGGUGCUUCUCCACGGAGUCCUCAUGAUUCAGACGAAAGGAGUGCUCGGUGUGUCGGAUGAAAGCAGCGACAGCAGUCCUGGACACAGGAAAAGCUACUACAUAUUUCAGCUGUUGCCAGUUCACAGAUUGAAAAGGAAACCAGAGAAUGCUUUUGACAGGAAGGCAGCUGACUUGCUAGCCCUGCGGACUUCCAGUGUUUUUGGAGCGCCUGAUAUAAUUAGACCCACUGUCAACAAGGUGGCAAGCUUCCAGCUUCCACCAGCGCGUGUCAUUCCUAGACAAAGCCCGUCCACCCUGACUCCUCCUCCCGUGUGGGGGAGCACAGCUCUGCGGGGUCCUGUCCUUACACUCUCCGCCCAAUCCAAGACAUUGGAGAACAGUGGAGUGACCUCUGCCCCUGGGAACCUGGGAACCUGCUGCGGCUCGUCAGCCAGGUUUUCCCCGGUACCCCAAGUUUUGACUACUCCAGGUUUCCCCACAAGGGGACCACUUCAGAGCACCAUGUUCCCCAUCUCGCCCACAACUAAGGAGCCCCGAGGAGACAUGUACUAA